AUGACUAAUACCAGCGAUCAGAUGGAUUUGGCUUUUGAGCUUCAAGCAGGGUAUACUAACUCCAAUCUAGCUAAAAGCAACAAGCUUUUGGAAACUGUAAAAGCAUUUGUCCAUUUUGCUGCUUUCAUAGUCACCGGUCUCUUCACUUGCCUCAUUACUGCAACAGUGCAGCACAGCCAGCAUCUGCGGCAGAACCCACGGUACGUCCUGUUGUGUCAACACUGCAUCUGCGUGGCUGGUUUUAACAUCAUGGGUGCAGUUGUGCACGGUCUCCGCAGCCUACAUUGGCCGGUGUCUCGAAUCAUCUGCUGGAUCCUUUUUGACCUGCAGGUGGUGAUGGCACGAGGUCUGAUGAUCACUCUCACAUUAAUGUCCAUCAGCACCUGUCUGUCCAUUUGCAUGCCACUCCGUUACCCCAUUCUGGUCCAGCGUUUCCACCGUUGGGUCAUGCUGGUGGCAUGUCUUCUCGCUUUGCUCAACCCAGUAUUGUUCACCAUCUUAGCCUGUUUGCGCUUUCCAUGGGACUACGUGGUUGGUUUGGACACAGAGUGCUCUACAGCUUUGGAAGGCACUGCUUGCAUAGCCAGUGCUGUUGUGAUGCUGUUACUGAUGGUGCUCCUCAUAAUCAUAAGCUAUGUUGCUAUUUACGUGGAAGGCAGACGUGCUGGUCAUUUCACACGGUCCAACAGUAAGGGUCGCUGCACCAUUCUCAUCCACAGCCUGCAGAUGAGCCUGCACAUCUUGCCCUCACUCAUCAUUAUAUCCCGGCGCCAGGAGACGCUCCCUGUGGCAAUUUCAAUUUUCAUCCUCUUCAGUUUUGUGCAGUCUCUGAGCCCUGUGGUGUUUGGCUUGCGCUGCAAAGAGCUCUACAAGGAGAUGCCACGUUUCUUUCCAUGCCAGAGUAAAGCCUGUGAUUGCUGUGGUCACAUUGGGAGCAUAGAAACUAUCAGCACUGGGACAAUAACUAGUGCAGAAACUGGAGCCAGUACAGAGACUAGCAUCUCCACCUGUAUGGCCAGCAACACCACAUGUAGCAUUAUCACAGAGCGGGAACAUGAGAAUGAGCAGACAAGUGGAACAAGGUGGAACCUAAAAACAUAA